UUUCAAAACAACUACCUUAUACACACAGGUGUAAAGGAAUGAAUAAGAACAUAAAUAUAUGGAUGAGCGAUGGCAUAGGCAAGAUGCAGUAGAUGGUAUUGAGUACAGUAUAUACAUAUGAGAUGAGUAAUGUAGGCUAUGUAAACAUUAUAUAAAGUGGCAUUGUUUAAAGUGACUAGUGAUACACUUUAUUACAGGGCUUUGUAUGCGUCGUGGAAGUUAGAGUAGCAAUGAUCCAGAAUGUUGCCAGCCCGUGUCGUGCAUUCGAUAUACUGAUAAAAUUUAGGGAGCCUUGAUUUCAGAUUAGCUUUGUUAAAAUCCCCAGCUACAAUAAAUGCAGCCUCAGUAUAUAUGGUUUCCAGUUUACAUAGAGUCCAAUUAAGUUAUUUUUAAUCGAAGAGGAUUCCCUUGGUAGAUAAUGCGGUCGGCAUUUGAUUGUAAGGAAUUCUAGGUCAGGUGAACAAAAGGACUUGCGUUCCUGUAAGUUGUUAUGAUCACACCACAACUCGUUAAUCAUAAGGCAUACACCCCCACCCUUCUUCUUACCAGAGAGAUGUUUGUUUCUGUCGGCGCGAUGCAUGAAGAAACCGGGUGGCUCUACCGACUCUAACAUAUCCGGAGUGAGCCAUGUUUCCAUGAAGCAGAGAAUGUUACAAUCUCUGAUGUCUCUCUGGAAGGUAACCCUUGCUCGAAUUUCGUCUACCUUGUUGUCAAGAGACUGGACAUUGGCAAGUAGUAUACUCGUGAGCGACGAGCCCGUCUACGGAGCCUAACCAGAAGACCGCGCCGUCUGCCCCUUCUGCGGCGUCGUUGUUUUGGGUCGCCUACUGGGAGCCGAUCCAUUGUCCUGGGUGGUGGUCCAAACCGAGGAACUGCUUCGGAAAAGUCGUAUUCCUGGUCGUAAUGUUGGGUUGAUGGAGCCAGACAUGGAUUAAACUAAGUACUGUGACACAACAUCUGUAAAGACGAGAGGAGGAGAGACGUCAAGAGCAGAAACAUCUGUAAAUCUAUCUAUGGUUCCAUAAUCUGCAUAUUCAUACCGCGGGAACCACAGACUGUUUGUGGUUUGACAUAACAGACCAAACUCAUCAUAAUGGAAUCUCUCUCACAACAAGAGUCCAUUCUAGAUUGUCAGAUCUUACAACAAGACUCCAUGUUAGAAUGUCAGAUCUGUUUCAACUAUUACAGUUCGUGGCGUAGGCCCAAGCUCCUGGACUGCCAGCACACCUGCUGCUCAGUGUGCUUGACCCAGAUGAGGAUGAGCCAGAGUGAGCUGCGCUGCCCCUGGUGUCGCUGUGUCACCACUCUGCCCCCAGGGGUCUCUGUCUCCCAACUCCUAGAUGACCCGGACACUAUGGCCAUCAUCUCUGUCCCAUACACACCUGUCUUCAUACGGCUGCCGUGUAACGCCUACCUUCCAGUAGAACACCAUGAGAGGGCUACAGGGAUGGAGGAGGAACAUGGGAUGAGGGAAGGGGAGGGUAGUUGUAAGGGCGCAUUUGGGACCAGGUUCUGCUUAGUGGUUGUUGUGGGAUUUGUCCUACUCUUACUUGUGUACAUUAUACUGCACAGCAUGACCUGCAAAUCAGAACAGUUCACCAUGAUAUCCUGUGGCUGAAAGACUUGAUGAUAAUAAUAAGCUAUUUGGGAUCUUUUUCUCACUCCCCAAAAUUACAGGACAUUGUCACAAUGCCAGCAUUCAGGCUAUUUCUUAACCAGGAAUAGUACUGCCAUACUGAGUAAGGAAAUGGUUGUCAUACUUUGUAUUUCGAAAGUGUUCAGAUAUAUUGAAGAUUUUUAUUUUUACUUUUUCAAAUUAUUUCUCAUGUCUUUGUGCAAUAGACAGUUAAAAAAUUAAACCAAUCACCAUUAUGCUUCUCUGUUGUGAUUCACCCAGAAAAGCACAAAUCAGAUGUUAUUGUCACAAACACAUUGAGCAGAUGUUAUAUGUGUAGCGAAAGGCUUACUUGUGUUAAUUCAUAUGAAAAACAUAAAACGGACCCAUCUUUA